GCCGCCCCGGCCCCCCCCCCCCCUGCGCGCGGGGCCGCCGCCGCCGUCCGCGCCUGGGGGGGCUCUCCCGUGCAGCGGGGCCCGCCUUUGAGGGAAGAAACACGACGACCACGACCAGCAUGUUUUCAUCUCGGUCAUGGUCACAGUUUUUUUUCCCGCCACGCCCGGCUCGGAGAUGGAGGGGGAGGACCGCGACGGCUGCGUCCUCGAGGCGGACCUGGACGCCGGCGAGGCGGGCCCCGGCGGCCCGGCGCGGCGGCGGCCCUCCGAGGACGGCGAGCUGCGGAUCGAGCGGCAAAUACAGCUCGAGGCCGAGCAGGCACAGGAGACGGACGACUCCGUCUUCUCGCCGCUGCGUGCCUUGAGGGCCGCAGAUGAGCUCGGACAGGAGGCGGAGCGAGGCCUCGAGGCGGAGCUGGCGCGGGAGCUCGGCCUCGAGGGCGGCGCGCGGGCGCCGGGCACGGGCGCCCCAGACGAGGACCCGUACGAAAGGCAGCUGGAGGGAGAGCUGGAGGACCACCUCUGCAACCUGCGGGUCGAGGAGCGCCGGGCCGCCGCGGCCGCCCGCGGCGAGCCCCGCCCCGCCGCCGCAGCGCAGCCCGCCGCGGC